AGAAGGUGCUGUCCCGACCGGGAGACGGCAAGAGGGUGGCGCGUCCACUCGGGCCUGGACGAGGGAGGCAAACCGCUCCCUUCCAACCCUCGGCUCGCCCUGCGCUCGCGACGGCGGCGUUGGCGGACGGAUACGCGGCGGCGCCUGUGUCUGGCAGAGCCGGUGUGAGAAGAGGAGACAGACCUUCCUCGCCGCCGGGAUAAUCAGGAGUUUUGGCCGGACCUUUGAGUACACAUCGGGAGAGUGAGGAGCCCGGCGAAAAGCACAGACUAUGGCGCUGAAACGGAUUAAUAAGGAACUUAGUGAUUUGGCCCGUGACCCUCCAGCACAAUGUUCUGCAGGUCCAGUUGGAGAUGACAUGUUUCAUUGGCAAGCCACAAUUAUGGGACCUAAUGACAGCCCAUAUCAAGGUGGUGUAUUCUUUUUGACAAUUCAUUUUCCUACAGACUACCCCUUCAAACCACCUAAGGUUGCAUUUACAACAAGAAUUUAUCAUCCAAAUAUUAACAGUAAUGGCAGCAUUUGUCUUGAUAUUCUAAGAUCACAGUGGUCUCCUGCUUUAACUAUUUCUAAAGUUCUUUUAUCCAUUUGUUCUCUGCUAUGUGAUCCAAACCCAGAUGACCCCCUAGUGCCAGAGAUUGCACGGAUCUAUAAAACAGACAGAGAUAAGUACAACAGAAUAUCUCGGGAAUGGACUCAGAAGUAUGCCAUGUGAUGCUACCUUAAAGUCAGAAUAACCUGCAUUAUAGCUGGAAUAAACUUUAAAUUACUGUUCCUUUUUUGAUUUUCUUAUCCGGCUGCUCCCCUAUCAGACCUCAUCUUUUUUAAUUUUAUUUUUGUUUACCUCCCUCCAUUCAUUCACAUGCUCAUCUGAGAAGACUUAAGUUCUUCCAGCUUUGGACAAUAACUGCUUUUAGAAACUGUAAAGUAGUUAACAAGAGAACAGUUGCCCAAGAUUCAGAAAUUUUUUUAAAACUGGAGCAUGUGUAUUAUGUGGCCAAUGUCUUCACUCUAACUUGGUUAUGAGACUAAACCAAUCCUCACUGCUCUAACUUGCUGAAGAAACCAUCUGAGGGGGAGGGAGAUGGAUGCUCAGCUGUCACAUCCAAGGAAGCAUUAUUCUAGCGCAUCCAUUCUUGUUUAAACCCUCCACUGUUAGAGAUUUGAGGUUACAUGAUAUACUUUAUGCUCAUAACUGAUGUGGCUGGAGAAUUGGUAUUGAAUUAUAGCAUCAGCAGAACAGAAAAUGUGAUGUAUUUUAUGCAUGUCAAUAAAGGAAUGACCUGUUCUUGUUCUACAGAGAAUGGAAAUUGGAAGUCAAACACCCUUUGUAUUCCAAAAUAGGGUCUCAAAGCAUUUUGUAAUUUUCAUUUAAAUUGUUAGGAGGCUUGGAGCUAUUAGUUAAUCUAUCUUCCAAUACUGUUUAAUAUAGCACUGAAUAAAUGAUGCGAGUUGUCAAUGGAUGAGUGAUCAACUAAUAGCUCUCCUAGUAAUUGAUUUAUUUUUCUUCAAUAAAGUUGCAUAAACCAAUGAGUUAGCUGCCUGGAUUAAUCAGUAUGGGAAACAAUCCUUUGUAAAUGCAAAGCUGUUUUUGUAUAUACUGUUGGGAUUUGCUUCAUUGUUUGACAUCAAAUGAUGAUGUAAAGUUCAAAAGAGUGAAUAUAUUGCCAUGUUCAGUUAAAGUGCGCAGUCUGUUACAGGUUGACACAUUGCUUGACCUGAUUUAUGCAGAAUUAAUAAGCUAUUCAAAUAGUGCAGCUUUAAUACGCUGCACAUGAUUCUGGCGGCCCUAGAGUUCAAAAUGGACUUGGGACUCAGCAGUUUUGAAACAUGUAUAUGGAGUUUAAGAAAUUUAUUUUCCAGGUGCAUCCCCUUCUAACUAAAAUUUCUUCAUCUUGUACACUUAACAGCUGAAUAUAUAUAUAUAUAUAUAAAACUUGGGAGUAAUAAUGGGUCAAAAUUUACAAAAUAAAGUACUGUUUUGGUGUGGGAGUUGUCAUGAGGCUGUGUUGAAGUGACUUAACUGUGGGAUAUUGACUAUCCAUUGAGAUGGAUUUGUUCAGCCAUUUACAUUAAUGAGCAUUUAAAUGCAACAGAUACCAUUUCAGGUGACUUAACAUGAAUGAAUAAAAAUCAAUGCUAUUGGAUGUUUGUUUGACAAGUGAUAUCUGUGCCACUAAAUCUUCUGUAGUAAUAAGGGCAUUACCAUUCAUAAUUCUGAACCUGUAGUUUCACUUUAUCUAGCUUUGACUUUUUGUUGCUUUUUCUUAAUCUUGUAUUUGAUUUCUAGCACCUGUAAUGUCUCCACUUCCACAUUUUUGCACUGCUUAUAUUUAUGUGCAAUCUUAUUCCUUGUCUGCACAGAUGUGGAAAGCUAGAAAUAAAUAAAUGUAAAAGCUUAAUUUUUUAUAAACA